AUGAACUGCCUCCUUCAAGGGACACCCCUUCUUCCCCAUGCCGAUCUCCUGGCCCACCAUAAUCGUCUUGCCAUGCUCUCGCCUCCCCUUGUAUUCCUCAAAUAUCCCAGUACACCUCCCCGCCGAAUCGAACGAGUCUCCAUUGUCUUGCAUCCCACUUAUACCCUUCAUGCCGUAGCUUGCGGCGACGUUCUCACCAAGAAGAAGCUUGAUCCUCAUCGCAACCGCUGUCGCGGCGCUACCUUCACCUGCAUUGAUUGUAUGGUGUAUUUCCCUGGCGUUCAAUACCGAUCACAUACCAGUUGUAUGACCGAGGACCAGAAGUAUCAAGGCGCGCUCUAUAAGGACAAGAAGAACAAGAAACAGAAACACAGCCACCCCAACGAUAACCAGCAACACUACACCCAAGACCAAACCAUGGCUGAAGUUCAAGCUCUCCCCAACAACACUGGCAACAUGAGCCACUACGCCUACGUUGAAGACGUCCCUGAGGAUCAGUUCGGCUGGGCCGAGUAUGAGGAAAGCAGUGAUGAUGAAUCGCCAAACGGCCCGCCACCAGAGGCUCCCACACCUCCUUCUGCUGCCCCGGAGCCACAUGUCGAUGUAUUUGAAUUCCUCGUUGGAACUGGACAAACACCCAAUGCUUCCAACAUGAAUCUCGACGCGGAGCCAGGCAACUCAUUGGUACGAUACGAACCCAAGGACAAGAGCGACGAAUACGGCUUCAUGGAUGACGACGAUGAGCCCACAGUCGAAUAUGGAAGUGGCCCCGUGCCUGCCGCCGAAUUUGUUACACCCGCUUCAAAAUCCGAAAGACGCAAAAGCCGGACCAGCACCGAGAAGAAGGACAAGAAGCGCAAGCGAUUACAUAUCGAUGUUCCCAGCGACCAGGUUAUGACGGAUGCCCCACCGGUUCUCCACUCAGGACUCACUGGCGGCAUCAACCGUAUGAUGCGUCCGGUAUUCCCCCCUUCCCCUGAUUACUCCGGUGGUGACGCUCCGGAAGUCUCACCAGCGAGCCCUCUGAAGAAGUCAAAGCACUCCAAACAUUCUAAGCACUCUAAGCACGCCUCUACUGGUCACAGCCUCUUUGGCAUGAUUGCUGGCAGCAAGCCCAAGUCCAAGUCCAAGACUAAGACCAAGUCAUCAAGCAAGGCCAAGAAGAGCUCUUCCUCUUCCAAGAAAUCCCAUAAAGAGAAGAAGCCUCAGCAGCUCAUCGAGUAUCGCCCUCAGAGCAAAGAUGGCAAAACAGACCCCAGCGCUGGACAAGUGGUCCUCUACAAGCCCCGAGCCGAUGUCUUCCUCAGCUUCGUAGACAAGGGUCCUGAGAGUGAGAAAGGCGUCAGCUUAAACAGGGUUCUCAAGCGUUUCCACCGCGAACGUGAGGCUACUGGCAGCGAGCUGGGUAAGGGCAAGGAAGAGAAAGAACUCUGGAGAUCCCUCCGACUUCGACAGAAUGAACAAGGCGAGAUUGUCUUGUUCUCUGUUGAGUGA